AUGAGAGUCAUGAAAAGAUAUUCACUUGUUUCGUUGUGUUUCCUUACUGUGAUUAUAUGUCGACCAACUGUGUCUGUUUGGGAUCAAAAUACAGCAAAGAUAUUAGAAAUGCACAAAAAAUUCCGUCAAGACGCUGUCAACUGUCGGAUUCCUAGACAACCAGCAGCGAAAACAUUGCCUAGACUCACAUGGAACAGUGAACUAGCUCAGAGUGCCUACCGGUUAUCGAGUACAUGUCGUUUCGGAUUUCAAAAACCCACAAAUUCCCGAUUCAGGAGAGUUGGACAAAAUAUUGCAGCAUAUCGAAAUGUUGAAGAUGCUAUGAACGGGUGGUUUGGUGAGCACAAGGACUACAAUUUCGGAUCACAUACUUGUAGCCAACGAUGCGGAAACUACUUACAAAUUGUUUCUAAUAUGACUAGGGAGAUCGGAUGUGCGGUAACUGAGUGCCCGUAUUCUAAGGAGUUUCCGUGGGGUCUUUUCAUAGUUUGCAAUUAUGGUGAAGAAGCUAAUUUCCAAGAAAGACCAUAUGAGGCGAAAUAUCCUUUCAAACUUUGUUCUGGAGGAAGUGUUACAGUUACCCCACCAACCGAUAGGGGAUGGCAUCUUACUAAAGGUGUUAUGCAAUUUAAUACCAAAAACUGUUACUGUUAUAAAUGAAAAAUGAAUUGCCCUGUUGUUUCAAAAUCCAUAACUAUAUUAUACGUUUGAUACAAUAGAGAUUUUGAAAAUUAA